AUGGCUUUAUCAGAGAGUCCAUCGCGAUGGGACGAGCUCCCGGAUGAACUUCUCCUCCAAAUAUUAAGCUACCUCGAGCCCCAUCACGUCACCAGCUUGCAGCUUGUCUGUCGAAGGCUCCGUGAGCUUUGCCUCGACGAUGAGCUAUGGAAACGGUUGGCCUUUGAAAAUUCACAAUGGUACCAAUCACUCAAGAGCCGUCGCAACAUUUUUCGGCCCCUCGCAGAACGCCAUGGUGAAUCCUCCCACCAUGACCCAAUGCAAUUGGAUAGCGAUCCCGAAUCCUCUCCUACCCGUCCAGUAUAUCGAGACGACUUCUUGACGGCAUCCACCCUCACCGGUCGCUCGCGUAAGCUCCAGGAUAUGGCCAAUUGGGACCCUGUCUUCCCCGGCGAACGAGUAUCGUGGUACGACGAGUACAUUCAUAGACAUGGCCCUACAUGUGUCAACUGGCUUCAGACUCCGCGAAUGCAUGACCGUGGUGUUGAGGCUACCAUAGAGGCACGAGGCAUGGCGUUGUACAGUCCAUACGAUGGAAACGAUGGUGCCGGCACCAUGCUCGCAGUUUCGCCGCUGGACGAUGGAUCAGUCUGUCUGUGGGAUGUCAGAGGAACACGAGGUCAGCAAGGUAGCAUACUUGCAUCCAGCGAUCCGGGCAUACUCUUCAUUGAUGGCCCUGGUGACCAAAACAGCAGAAGAUCAAAGAAGAUAGACACCGGUGUCACGGAAUGUGUCAGCGUGAACAAUGACAACCACAGGGCAUUCUUCGCUGUCCAAAGUCACCUUAUCGAAGUGGAUCUGAACCGUUUGGAGGUUGUAAGCCGGGAAUCAUUCGAAUGGUCUAUCACGACCCUAUCCAAAGUGCACCAAGGCGUUCCAUUGACCGUGGGUACUUCCCUGGGCAUUCAUCUGCACGACUUUCGUAUGAGAGCAAUGGCAUCUCGCGAUGUAGUUGAUCGACUGGACGGGUACCAGAGAGAUGAAGCAGACGUAUUUAGAGCCAUCUUUGACACCAAACCGCUUCCCCCCUACGCUUCCUUGUCCCAACCCACCCCAAUAAGCAUUCUGCACCUUCCCCGGCCAGGUUCACAUGAUCAGGUAUCGGACGACAUAUACGUUUCUGGGCGAUUUUCCAACAUUCUACACUACGAUCGGCGCAAAUUUCCAGCAAUUGUAGGGUCAAUCUACUCUGGCGCGCUGGUCAAGAGUUUGGCUGCCCUUCCAUACCCCUUCUCCGCCGUCGAUACCGAAGUCCGCCGCCAAGCUGAGCUGACGGCCGAGCAAGUAACCAAACUAAAGUCUGAAGGCGAAGGUAGGACCUUAAUUGCCGGGGGCGGCUACAAGUCGAAGGGGUCCCUCGAAAUAUACGGUCUAAGCUCAGCAGCAGGCACUGGGGGUGAUUCAACGCUGCAAAACUCCGUCACGAAAAAUCGACAAACAGCUGCUUCAUCCACAAUUCUCUCAGUAGAGAACCACGGCUCGAAAAUUGUGUUCUCGGAUGGAUCAGGUUUCAUCAAAUGGUUUGAGCGGGAUGGCUCGACCGAGUGUCGGAGAAUGCGAAUUGGGCAUAGUGAUACUGAGGAGCAGUCGUCGUUGUUUGCUUCGAUGCCCGCAUCAGAUGACAUGGCCCGCAAGCUUAUUUCGACCAAAUGUCGGCAAGGAAACGAUCGGCCCAACAACGACAAUGUUCUUCUAUGGACUGGAGAAAAAUUAGGUCUUGUGAGCUUCACGAAAUCGCCGAUUUUCGAAGAAAAAGACUUCGAGGCUCAGGGCCUUGAACUGGACGCAGAGAACGAAAAGAGGCAGCAGUACGCGCAUAGAAUGCGACGUGCGCUGGAGCGACAAGCCGAUGAGGUCAAGUUCAUAGGCAGCUUAGGCGAUCCGACGUAUGGGCCACGGUAA